GGAAGGUAGUGAGAAGUUAUCAAAUUGAUAAUUUGAUAUUGAUUUUGAUGAAAGGAUAGGGAAGCUGCAAUCAAACGCCUAAAUACAGGAGAAGCAUAUCAAGACUCGAUUGCAGAGUAAAGGUAAAGUUUCUUUGUGGUGUCACAGUCAUUAUGUUUCUGAAAUGUUUUGGCGACGGAAAUUCAAGUGGUACUGCCAGAGGGUAUCCAACAGUAAUUGAAGAGCUGUGCCGUCCAUUUUCUUGGGCUGAUAUUAAGAAAGCAACCAACAACUUUCACCAAUACAGACUAAUUGAACUUGGAGGAUUUGGUGAAGUAUACAAAGGUUAUUUCCGACAUAAUGAUGCUUCUCAUUAUGAAGUCGCUGUGAAGCGAUUAUAUGUGAAAUACUCUAUUGAAAAGGAAGAAGAGUUAUUCAAGAAUGAAAUAGAGUUGCUCAGCCAGCUUCGUCACCCUAAUAUCAUCUCUCUUAUAGGAUUCUGCAACCACAAAGAUGAACAUAUUGUUGUUUAUGAAUACAUGUCCAAUAGAUCUCUAGAUAUACAGCUACAAGGUGGGGAACUGUCAUGGAAGGAAAGGCUAGAGAUCUGCAUUGGAGCAGCGCGUGGACUACACUACCUUCACGCCGGAUUAAAGCGCACCAUCAUUCACCGUCAUAUCACGUCUAGCAACAUUCUUUUGGAUCACAGCAUGCACCCAAAACUCACGGAUUUCAGCCUUAGCGUAAAGGGAGCACAUUUUAUGUCAAAGCCUAAACCAAUAGAAGUAAAGGCUGGUGAUAAUCCUCUUGGCUACAUGGUUCCGGACAAUCUCAGUACAGGUAUCGUCACAGAUAAAAGUGAUGUUUACUCAUUUGGUAUAGUUCUACUAGAAGUUGUGUGCAAAAGAAGAAUUUUCGACAUUGUAAGAGAACCAAGAGAUUUUCUGGAGAAGCCUGUUGAGGAGAAUAUUGAUCCAAAUAUCAUUGGUAAGAUUGCACCGGAGUGUUGGCAAGUCUUUGCAGAUAUCAUGGUAAGAUGUUUGGAAUAUGAACCUGAUGAGAGACCAACAAUGGGCGAAGUAGAGGUGGAACUUGAGCGUGCUUUGUCGUUACAAGAACAACAAGAUAUUGCAAACACCAACGGUCCUUAUACCUUAAUUUCCACCACCAUUAUUCCCUUGGAUGAUAGAUUCUAUAUAUGAUAGCGAUUCUGAACAAAGUAUUGUAUCCGUAGGUGAUCAGACUAGCUGAACUAAAUGUUUAUCUUUUGAGUCAAAACAGACACAUAGUAAGCUUUUGGGGUGAUCAAGUUUAAUAGAGAUACUUGUUUUUUAUUUGAUCCCUGGUUCUGAUAUUGAUUUUACCGUGAGUUGUCAUUAAUAAUCAUGUAUUAGUAGCAAUGAAAGAACUCCUUUGCUUCAGAAUAGAAUUUUUGCUCCUCCUCUUCUUGACACCCUCAAUAAUAACUAGGCACGGAUAACGAUAUAUAUAGAGCACAGUCAGAUUACAAGCUAUGUGAUUAGAGGUUUAAUAAAAGGCUGCAAUGGU